GAGGUGAGCUGUAGGACGGCAUUGCGUCCCGUCGGUCCAAUCAGAAUCCGGGUCUUCCGUUCAUUCUAGCUCGUUUGCAAGGGCCAUAUCCAACCUCGAACAUACAAACACAUCUUCUACACCUAUCAUCCGUAGGGGAGAUUCUCGGGCAUGUGGAUAUAUAGAAGCCAGUGGAACUUGGAUUCUCGGUGUCAGCCUUGGGGCCGCCAGAGUAUUACGGAUGGAGUCGACAAGCAACCCAGAAGAGUCCUUCGAGGUUCUACUCCCAUCGGGUAGUGUUUAUUUGCAAAUGCAAAUGCAGUCGAUAUGCCUUCAAUUUGAAGCUAAAACUCAAAGUAGGGACAGCGUGCGGUAUGACUAUAAGUACUCUAUACUAAAAGUGGGCCGUGACAUCAAGGCUGGCCAACGAGUUAGUAUAAUGAUCGGAGUAAGUGGAUUAUUCUUCACAGAUAUGGCGCAUAAGAUUUUGUCACGCUCAGGACCGAAAGGAAGUGCCUACAUUCAAUACAUAAGUGAGCUCGUAUAAUUGUAUACUCGUGGUUACCGAUUGCAUAUCAUCAAGAACAAGAACCGGGUGUUUGGCUAUGAGUACU